AUCUUCUUGUGCUGUGCUGACGCUGACAUCAGGACCGAAAUUUGGCUUUGACGUGGACAGUCGUUCGGCGUCGUUGGACCAGGCACAGUGGCUUGGGUUUGGCUGAAGGACCAAGCUCGCAAAAUGCGCAGAUUUUCGUGGACCACUCGCGCCCUUGGGGUGGCGGCACUCCUGCUGAUCGGCUUCAUUGUCGUCGCAAAGUCCCAGGACUCGAAGAAAGGACCCAAAGUGACUCAGAAGGUCUGGUUUGACAUUAAAAUUGGUAGCGAAAAUGUUGGAAGAGUUGAAAUUGGUGUCUUCGGAAAGACUGUCCCAAAGACUGCUGAGAACUUCAUUGAACUUGCCAAGCGUGAAAAGGGAGAGGGAUACAAGGGUAGCAAAUUCCACCGUGUCAUUAAGGACUUCAUGAUCCAGGGUGGUGACUUCACCAAGGGUGAUGGCACUGGUGGCAGGAGCAUCUAUGGUGAGAGGUUUGAGGAUGAAAACUUCAAGCUGAAGCACUAUGGUGCUGGCUGGCUGUCCAUGGCAAACGCUGGAAAGGACACCAAUGGUUCCCAGUUCUUCAUCACCACGAAGCAGACUCCUUGGCUCGAUGGUCGUCAUGUUGUCUUUGGCAAGAUCAUCAAGGGAAUGAGUGUCAUUCGCCGCAUUGAGGCUACCAGCACUGAUGGCCGUGAUCGUCCUACUCAGGAUGUUGAAAUUGUGGACUGUGGUGUUGAGGAGGUUGCUGAGCCAUUUGCUGUUGACAAAGAAGAUGCUACUUUGUAACUGAACAAAUUUAGUUUAGGCUGCAGCACCAAUUUGGCUGUGUACAAAUGCAAGCUGUGACUUUUUAAGAAUUUUAUUUUUUUUAUGAUUUUAUUGAGCUAAUAGUAUUAGUGCAAUCAAUUUUUGAAACAAGCUCAAAACUAAUAUUCCAAACUAGUUCUCUGAUAUUUUUUUUCAGUUUUUUGAUACACAUUAAUAAAAUAAGUACAAAAGAAAAUUUUCACAUUAA